AGGCUCGAACGUUCAUCAUCUUCGCUGGUCCUUGUGUUAUCUCUUCGGUCAACAAUAAGUACAUUACUUAUAGCACAUUGUCGACGUGGCAAGCUUCCUGCUCAGGUGUUCACAAACGUGCUUUACCUCGGAAUAAUCGUCUUUUUUGAUCGCCUUGUGCUUCGACAUUGACUCCGAUCACUUUCCGCUUUCACACUGAGCUGCUUUUGCAGAAGAGUUGAUAUACAGAAUGGAUUUCCUACCAGGCUCCUCUCAGCCGCAGACAAUCAGAGUUACGCUCUCUCCAACCCCUGGUUGGUGUAUCAAGACCACGGCCUUGCAGACUGCGGUUUGCAAAGUAUCGUCGUCCGAGACAUCUCAAACUUCCGAUGCUUCAUCAGCUGCGAAUAGUUCAAUAUUGGAGCCUUUUGCGAAAGCCAGGGUACCUUCAUCGUUAACUAUCUCGCAAGGCACAAAAGUGUUUGUGAAUAUCGCUUGGGACUCGAACGUUCCGCCGCCUCCUGAAGGCAGCGAAGAUGUCAUUCAGAGAGCUAUGAAAGGAGAAGAGGAAUUCCUUGAUUCUGACAACCCUGGUUGGUUUGUUCCAGUGGUUGUGAGUGAACCGAGACAAGAUGCCGACAAAGCCGGAAAGCCGUCCGUCGUCUUUGACAGUGUGUUCCACUCGUCUCUGAAAUCUCGAGCACUGAAGGACGUCGAAUUCAAGACUUUUCUUGAAGAACUUGCAUUCCAACGAAUAGAAGCGCAAUCUCAGCUUCCGCUUUCGCGAACAGUCGGAAGGCCCAAUAUUCGUUCAAAAGGCAAAUUAAACCCAAGGACUGUUCUCAUACCUGUUGGACUAUACCCGAGAGAUCAUCCCGAACGGGUAGAGUUCGAAAAGAAGUUGAAGAGCAGGGGGCCUCUUGUACAAGAGGUGACAAAUCCCAAGACAAUUAAAAAGAAAGAAGAGGCGGCGAAGCCGAAAGGAAUACUGAAGACACCGACGGAGGUUAAGCCGAUCACGGAGAAGUCGAAGAUUUCGCUCAUACCGGAGGAGAACGAGCAACCUGCAUUCACUUGGAGUCAGGAAGAUGAUCACAUCGUCCUCAAUAUCGAAGUUCCUCGUUUGAGUCAUGCCCACAUCGCCUCUUCGACUCUUGACGUUGAACCACACCGACUGAUACUAGCCAUUCCACCCUUCUACCUUCUUGAUUUGAACAUAGACAUGCCAGAUGCUCAGAUGCCUGUAGUGUUUGGGGAGAGGGCUGGUGAGGUUUCUAGAUUGAAGAGAGUUGUGAAGGAGAGGAAGGAAGGCUUCGAUGUGGAGUCUGCGAAGGCAGAAUGGAGAGUUGCUGAACGUAGCGUUGUAGUCAUGUUGUAAUCAACAUGUACGUUAAAUCUCGAUCCUCUGUCGAUAUAAGUAUUUAACUAUUCGUCUACGUCCCGCGUAUAACGAUAAAGUAGUAUGUACCGUUCGUAUGACAUAGUUUUCACGAAAGUCAUGCAGAGAUGUGAGUCUACAAACC